AUGCAGUCUCAGCCAGGCCCCUUGGUUCUCUCUACAGUGGCUGCCUCUGCUGUGGCUGUGGCUGUGACAGCCUCCAAGAAGGAGUCUCCAGGCAGGUGGGGCCUUGGAGAGGACCCAACAGGUGUGGGCCCCUCACUCCAGUGCCGAGUGUGUGGGGACAGCAGCAGUGGGAAGCACUACGGCAUCUACGCCUGCAAUGGCUGCAGUGGCUUCUUCAAGAGGAGUGUGAGACGGAGGCUCAUCUACAGAUGCCAGGUGGGGGCAGGAAUGUGCCCAGUGGAUAAGGCCCAUCGCAACCAGUGCCAGGCCUGUCGACUGAAGAAGUGCUUACAAGCUGGCAUGAACCAAGAUGCUGUGCAGAAUGAGCGCCAACCCCGAAGCAUGGCCCAGGUCCACCUGGACAGCAUGGAAGCAGGCAGUGAUCCUCGACCUGAGCCCUUGGUGGCCUCCCCUGCCUUGGCAGGGCCCAGUCCCCGAGGCCCCACAUCUUCAUCUGCAGCCAGAGCCAUGGGCCACCACUUUAUGGCCAGUCUCAUUACCGCCGAAACUUGUGCUAAGUUGGAGCCAGAGGAUGCUGAAGAGAAUAUCGAUGUCACCAGCAAUGACCCGGAGUUCCCUGCCUCCCCCUGCAACCUGGAUGGCAUCCAUGAGACUUCGGCUCGCCUACUCUUCAUGGCCGUCAAAUGGGCCAAAAACCUGCCUGUGUUUUCCAGCCUGCCCUUCCGGGACCAGGUGAUCUUGCUGGAAGAGGCAUGGAAUGAGCUUUUCCUCCUUGGAGCCAUACAGUGGUCCCUGCCCCUGGACAGCUGCCCACUGCUGGCACCACCAGAAGCCUCUGGCGGCUCUCAGAGCAGGCUGGUCUUGGCCAGCGCAGAGAUGCGCUUCCUGCAGGAGACCAUCUCCCGAUUCCGUGCACUGGCAGUGGACCCCACAGAAUUUGCCUGCAUGAAGGCCCUGGUCCUCUUCAAACCCGAGACUCGAGGCCUGAAGGAUCCUGAGCACGUGGAGGCUUUGCAGGACCAGUCCCAAGUGAUGCUAAGCCAGCAUAGCAAGGCUCACCACCCCAGCCAGCCUGUUAGGUUUGGGAAAUUGCUCCUCCUGCUUCCAUCUUUGAGGUUCAUCACUGCUGAGCGUAUCGAGCUCCUCUUCUUCCGAAAGACCAUAGGGAAUACUCCAAUGGAGAAGCUCCUUUGUGACAUGUUCAAAAACUAG